AGCGGGCAUGUUGGAGCCCCCCUCAGCCAGCCUCCCUGAGCACACAGGGAAAGUGAGCGUCAAGAAGAAGGCGGGAAUAAAUUCUAUGUGCAGCCGUUUGCUGGCUGGUGUUGCUGUCAGUCAAGCGUGCACGCUUUCUCAUUGGCUGAGGUCCUUUGCAUUUAUCGUGCCAUCUCGUCAAGCUGCUGCUGUGUAAUCGCAGGUAACUUUCUUACGAUAGCCUUCCGCUGGACGACCUAGUCCUCGCAGCGCUCCAGCAUUUUGAGGAUUGCAGAUACAGUACUCAAAACUGGGACUCGCAAUUUGAAUUUUCCGUCGUUUUGACCAUCGGAAGACGUUAAGCCUGUAUUUUUUCCCCUGGAAAAAUACCCCCUCUCUCAAAGGCGUUUGAAAUCGGACACCGCUGGCGUUUGAGGCCCUCACAUUUGUGCGGAGGGAUACGUUGUUGCGUCUGACAAUGUGGACGGAGGUGGUGAAGAUGUCUACGAGAAGAAUGAAAUCAUCUCAGUUGUAACAACAAAAAAGGAAGACGCGACAUUAGUUACUAUAAUAGAUUUGUUUGCACACAGGCUUGUUACAUUGAAGCAAACACGUGGGCGCUGUGUGAAAAGCAGGCUUACCGGGACAAAAGGAAGACAUCUACUGUGCUCCAAUGCGUUUCAUGCACUGAGGUCGAAAUUCUCUUGAAGUUUUAUGUUUUUCCCCUUGCGAGUCUCUUUUCUUUUUACUGUUGGAUAUCAGACACUUGGAGAGGAGAGGGUUUAUUAGAGACUGAAGGGUAUGAACGAACAGCAGCAAAGAAUGGCUGCAGUGGGAACUGACAAGGAACUCAGCGACCUCCUGGAUUUCAGUGCGAUGUUCGCGCCUCCAGUAGCCAACGGGAAGAACAGGACAAUGACACUUGCCAGCAGUCAGUUUAGUGGAUCAGCACUAGAUGAGCGCAGCGGCUCUGGGUCUUGGGGCUCAGCAGAACAGAACAGUCCCUCUUUCAGCCAAGGACGGGGCUAUGGAGAAGGAUCCCACUACAAUGAACAUGAAGGCUUGUCCUCUCCGUUCAUCAGUUCAGGGAUCGCAGGUAAAAAUGAGAGGCCACCGUACCCUCCCUUUGGAAGCCAGCCUGGUUUUCUUCCCAGCGACAUAGCAAUGCCCAGCCCAGAUGCCAUGUCCCCCUCUGGCCUGAAGUCUGGCUCCCAGUUUUACCCAUCAUACCCCAACAACCCUAGGAGAAGGCCGCCUGAGGGAGGCAUAGACACCCAGCCAAAGAAGAUUCGGAAACCCCCUGGCCUGCCGUCCUCGGUGUAUGCUUCCACAUCUGGUGAUGAGUACACCAGAGACAAUGGAGGAUAUCCUGGUGCUAAGCCUGGAGCUGUCUACCCUGGCUCUUUCUACAUGCAAGACCCCUGGUCAUCUUCUGGCUACUCGGCCAUGCUGGGCAACUCUCCACACAUUGGACAGCCAGGCUCCUUCUCCGCAAUUAACCCGCAAGACAGGAUGAAGCGUCAACCCCUGCCUCUGUCCCCACAGAACUAUCCUCUGCACGGCAGCGAAGUCAAUGGCUUCCACUCAGCCCCCACCACCUACAACCACACACCCACCAUCAACGGAGAAGGCAUUAUGGCCAACCGAGGCACCACAGCUGGCAGUUCAGGAGAUGAAAUUGGGAAGGCUCUUGCCUCAAUUUACCCAUCGGACCACAACAGUAAUAACUUCUCCUCAGCUCCGUCUACUCCUGGAUCUCCUCAGGCCAUCGCAGCAGGAGCUCAGUCUCAGUGGCAAAGACCAACCACACCCAACUAUGAAGGGCAACCACAUCCACUGCAGAAUAAAAUGGAGGAUCGUUUGGAGGAGGCCAUCCAUGUACUGCGUAGCCAUGCUGUGGGCCAGGGCCCUGGCUUAGAGGGCGCCCACUCUGACAUGCACAGCCUGCUGUCUUCAGUACACAACGGGGGCCUCGGAGGCCUCUCUCCAGCUUUUCCCAACGCCAGCCUUGCCCUCAGCAACAGACAUCCUGCUAUGCAGGGAGGGAAACAUGAGGAGCCCACAGGCCUUCCUCCCAGCAGUACUCUUCUGCACGGUCAUCACGCAUCUGGACCCACACCGUCAGCUGGCCAGCCAGAAGCCUUUACCAGUCUCCCUGGUGGUAUGGCUCGCUCCACACACUCCUCCAGCAGCUCAGACAUCAAGAGAGAAGACAAAGAUGAUGAUGAUGAUGAUGAAAACUCUGUUGGAGACAAGUCUGACGAUGAAAAGAAGGACUCCAAGAUAGCACGUAGUCGAACAAGAAAGGAGGCGUUGACCCUCCAGAUGCUCUCUGGCCUUUCAGACCAGAAAGAUGACAGUGUGGACAAUGAAGAUGACGAGGACGUUCCCCCAGAAGUGAAGAUGGAGCGCGAGAGGGAACGGCGAGUGGCUAACAAUGCCCGUGAGCGUCUCAGAGUACGGGACAUCAACGAGGCUUUCAAGGAGCUUGGGAGGAUGUGCCAGCUGCACCUCAGCCAUGACAAACCUCAGACCAAACUUCUCAUCCUGCACCAAGCCGUCAAUGUCAUCCUCAAUUUAGAACAACAAGUCAGAGAGCGUAACCUUAACCCCAAGGCAGCAUGUUUAAAACGCCGUGAGGAGGAGAAGGUGUCUGGGGUCGGUGAAGCACCCAUGCAGCUCUCAGGAGGCCAUCCUAGUAUGGGAGGAGAUGGCCACAAUCCAGUUGGCCACAUGUAACACCAGAUCUGGUGGUGUUUCCUUGGCUGUCAGAGGAUGUGGCCUUAACAAAUUUCUUCCACCCAUUAUUCUCAGUGUGUGUGUAUAUGUGGACAUGUCUGUGUAUUGUCCGUUCAAGUUUCAAGAUGCACAUUCACACACUCGUACACACAUGCAUACUGCCAAAACUGACACAGCCUGUUUGUCGCACUCCCAACCAUGACUACAAGCUCAAAUGUGAAGAACUUUUUUUUUUCUUCUUUUUUUUUUUUCUUUUUUUGCUUUGUUUUAUACAUUUAAUAUUUUUUUUUCUUUUUUGGUUUCCACACGAUGGAACGCCGGAGUACUUUUAUGUCCUGCCACAAAUUGGGACUUCACACACUGCCGAGAGGUGCUCUGGUGAAAGAAAGGAGACCUAAACAAACACAAAUUGAAUCAAGGAUUUGUGCCUAAUUGUUACAUGUUUUCUAUUUGACAUUUAAGCAAAUUGCUUUACAUGUGAGGAACAUUUAUUGUAAGGGAUUGCUUAUGUGUAUGAGCAAUUAUUUUUAAUGUAUGUCAUUCCCAGCGUGAUGGUACAGUCUUACAUAUGUUAUGUAACCAAACCUAUAGUUGAAGUUGAAUUGUCUAAAUUCAGUGACUUUUCCUUGAUCUUAUCAGCAAAUUUUCGGGGAGGGCAGUGAAAAGGUCACAAGGGAAGGUCAAAGUUUUUACAGUUCAAAUGCAGCUUACAUGAAAGACGGGAACUCUGACCUAGAGGCAGUCUCUGACUGGAGCCCGGUCUCGUCCCACAAGGCAUCUGGAGACUUGGAAUAGAAGACUCCUUCCUUGAAGGUUAUGAAUUUUCCAAGUGGUAGAAUCUGUCAACUACAAAACUGUUCUUCCUCUGUGUUGACCACGAAUUCUAGUAUUACUCCAGUAGUUCCUUGUCAUAGGUUCAGGUUUUUGUACUGCUUUAUAUACUAAAGCAUUCAUAGACAAGACAAAGCACAGUUGUAUAGGUUUAGGCUGGAAGUUAAGUGUCGACCUGUAGUGCAUUUCAGUCCCUGAAAGUCCUGUAAAAAAAGCCAUUUGAGACUCUUGCUAAGUGAUAAGCACCAAUCAGUGCUGUUGCUUUCUUGAAAUGGUUCACUGACAAUGCCAGCAGACUUCACAGUUCCAAGUUUUUCCCCCUUAAUCGAUCUUCUGUAAAAGACAAAAAAAUCUGGGUUCCUGUGAUGGAGGGAUCUCAUCAGUACGCAGUUGUUGAAGCAGACAAGUCUUUGUGAAACGAAGGCUUUUGUUUUCCUAAGCGAGCAUUCCCACUGAAUUACAGCCCUUCACCUAUCUCCUGAGUAAGUUUGUUCUCACGUUUCUUACUGAGAGAAGUGUGAUGUGUAAAUUCACUUCAUACAUUACUCUGAUAUGUUUCAUUUUUCAAAAUUAAAUAUAUAUAAAAAUAUAUAUUUUUUGUUAGUCUAUACAUUGUAGAUUUUUUACAUAAAUGGCAAUAUUAGUUUGAAGUUUAGAGUGUAUUGUAGAUGAGCUGAAUAAGGGGAUUUGACAUUUAAAUGAAUUUGUUGAAAAAUUAAUUCAAAAUUGAACCAAGGGUCAAAAGAUGAUUGAAGACAAAUAUUGAAAGCGUUUGGUGUAUCCUUUAUUCCAGUUUUAGUUGUAAGGCAUAUCAUCAGCUACCCAGAUGAAUUCUUUCUUUCCAUUUGGGGGUAUGUGGACAGUUUGUGCUGCAAUCUUGUUAAAGUGGUCUGACUUUAGCAGUGAGGCGCCGAGGAAAAAUGUGGGAAGGGAUUUUUGUCUCUAACAGUAAUUAUGCAACUGGUUUUGAAUGUAGCUACCAUACAAAUGUGGAUCGCCUUCAUUUUCAAACUUGUGUUCCUGGGUUUUGUCAGUACAGUAUAAUAGUUUUCAUUUCACCUUUUUCUAAUGUCUGCCCUCAACCAAGUGGCUCUGUGUGCAGCUCACUUUUUUAGUAUCCUGCACAUAUUUUGGAGGCAGACGUCGGUAUUUGCGUGUAAGGUAAUGGAUAAUAUGGAGAACAAAACAGUGUUAUUGUGAUGUUAAUCCCAUGUCAUGUCAUGUUUUGACUGCAUUUUACCAACGUGUAAUCACAAAUGGGAGGUAGAGCAUUUUGUGUGUUUUAAUUUCUACAAAAAGAGAUGACGAAAAAGACCUAUACAAGUCAAUAGUGUGGCCUUUUCAUUCUCAAGACUUAAGAUGUCAUGAUGGGAGAGUGAUACCUUAUCAGUGCCUGAACUUGUAUUUUCAUUUAAGACAGUUUUAUUUUGUGAACCAUAUCAUUUCAUUUAUCAUGGAGAUUAAAGAGGUACUUGUUCAUUCCCCCACCCUCCCUUCUCCUAAUGCUUUUUUCAAUUUUCAGGAAGAAGUUUAAAUGGUAUAAAGAGAUUUUCUUUCAGUGUAUCUAGUUAAAUAAAUAAAUGUUACAUAGAUCUUGUUUAGUUUUUAUUCCUUUUUUUCUGAUUUAUUCAACUGGAUUAUAUUGUCCAAACUGCUGUUUUAGUUAAGGUCAUGGGUCCAGGUCAUGAGUUUUCUUUCUAUCUACCCUAUAUUUCUAAAUCACUUGACAUAACAGGGUUCAAGAGAUGCUGCUUUUGGCUCUGAAUGUCUGCUUUUGAUGCACAUUAACAUGUUUCAGUGUAUGUGUUGCUUCACUUUCAAUGUAGGGAGUGAGUUUUAUUUUCCAUAGUAGCUAGAGUCUAAUGAUUUGGAGCAUUUUAAAUUUCUGUAUAUCAGAGUGCAAGCCCUCUGCUGCAGUGACUUUCAGUAUAUUUUGUCUUCAGUGACAAUUUUCACCCCUGACCUUUUACUCUUCCAGCUCUUUGGUAACAUUGACAGUGACUUUUUGUGAGAAGUUCUGAUUACUUCUUUCAAAAAGUUGUAUUUGAAGUUUUGGUUUUUUUUACUAUAAUUAUUAUUACAAGAUCAAUAAGUGUACUGAAUAUUGUCGAUUUGUUCCAAGGGAAAAUCUGACUUGAUGUCAAUUAGUAUUCUGUGAACAUCCCAUUAGCCCGCAAGCUAUAUACUCAAAUUUUUGUUUGGGGGAACUUUAUUUCUUGACACAAGUCUUGACAGACACAGUUUGCAGAAAAGCAACCGACCACUGCAGGAGCACAUAAUGUCAACAGAAAAUUACAAUAUUAUAAUGGAAAGUGUUCAGUUGACGGGCUUGGACUUGUUUUGGUAUAAGAAAGCAGUAAUAAAACGCUUGCUUUCAUCAAUUUUGUCAUAUCUUUGUUGAACUAAAAGGAGGGGAGACUAUUGAGUGUUAAAUACAUUCACAGGUACAGAGCCUGCCAUCUUGGGAGUGAGGAUGACUCCUGCAAGGUCCUCAGAGUGCCUCACUCAAUCUCUCUCUCUCUCUUUUUAUAUAUAUAUAUAUAAAUAUAUAUAGUUGAGAACUGUCCUGUAUAUAACAGUAAUGUAGCAAUAAAUGUGCCAUUUUUAAUAACAGAUUAUACCUUUUCCAAUGUCUGGCUUUUGAAUAUUGUAUACAUAAAAAGGAAAAUAAAGGAAAACAUUGUAAUAAAGGGUU